ACUAUUUGUGGCUAGAUGGCGCUGUAUGAAAUAGUCCAAAGAUCUUUUUAUUUAUUUAAUAUUUUUCAGAGUCUAUUGCCGCUUCUGAAACAAGCGGCUGAGGCGAACAGCGACAAGCCAUUGGGCGCGACGCGAGCCGCCGUCAUCAACAUGAGCUCGGUGCUGGGCUCUAUCGCGCAAAAUGACCAAGGCGGCUUCUAUCCCUACAGAUGUUCAAAGGCAGCUCUCAACGCGGCAACAAAAUCCAUGAGCAUAGACCUAAAGAAAGAAGCGAUACUGGUGGCUUCCAUGCACCCCGGAUGGGUGAAGACCGAUAUGGGUGGCAAGAACGCGCCGCUAGAUGUCGACUCUGCCGUCAGCGGAAUAUUCGCCACGAUCGAGAAGUUGGGCGAAGCGGACACGGGGAAGUUUGUGCAGUACGACGGAACUGAACUGCCUUGGUAGUUUAGAGCACAAAAUGUAGCGGCGAAUCCAGCUUAUUAUUCUUGUACCAAAAAUAUUUUUAUACUAAUUAGCACAAGCAAAAUAUUUAAAAAGUUCAACUUAAGUAAAAUCAAAUAAGCAUUUAGGUGUCGCAAAUAAAGGGAUGAUUUUUUAA